CUGCGCACCAACGGGCGAGCCGGCCAGCGGACGGGCGGGCGGACUAGCAGGAUGGCGGCGGCCCCGGCUCCGGCUGCCCCAGCCCCCGGGUCGGGGCGGCGGGCUCCAGGCGCGACGUCCGGGGGUUCGUCUGCCCUGCGCGCCCUGGCUCCCGCCUCGCUGCUGCUGCUGCCCGCCGAGGCCGAGACCCGGCAGCGCCUCCUGCGCACAGCCAAGAAGGAGGUGAAGCAAAUAAUGGAGGAAGCGGUCACAAGGAAAUUUGUGCACGAGGACAGCAGUCAUAUCAUUUCUUUUUGCGCCGCUGUCGAAGCCUGUGUCCUUCACGGGCUCAAGCGCCGGGCAGCGGGUUUUCUGCGGAGCAAUAAAAUCGCCGCCCUGUUCAUGAAGGUGGGGAAGAGUUUCCCACCCGCUGAGGAGCUCUCCCGGAAAGUGCAAGAUCUGGAGCAGCUUGUUGAGAGCGCGCGAAACCAGGGGCCUGGCAUGCAGGAGGGCGCUCGCAAAGCUCAGAAGCCGCCUGGCCUGUCCCCACAAGCCGUCAAACACCUCUGGAUCCGGACAGCACUUUUUGAGAAGGUCCUGGACAAAAUUGUGCACUACUUGGUGGAAAACAGCAGCAAAUACUACGAGAAGGAGGCUUUACUCGUAGAUCCUGUCGAUGGACCAAUCCUGGCUUCUUUGCUGGUGGGCCCUUGCGCCCUGGAGUACACCAAGAUGAAGACGGCUGAUCACUUCUGGACUGACCCCUCAGCAGACGAGCUGGUCCAGCGACAUCGGAUCCACAGCUCCCACUGCCGGCAAGACUCACCCACCAAGCGCCCUGCGCUCUGCAUCCAGAAAAGGCACUCCAGCGGCAGCAUGGAUGACCGACCCUCCCUCUCAGCCAGAGAUUACGUGGAGUCACUGCACCAGAACUCCAGGGCUACGCUCUUGUACGGCAAAAACAACGUCCUGGUGCAGCCGCGAGAUGACAUGGAAGCCAUCCCGGGCUAUUUAUCUCUUCAUCAGACCGCGGAUGUCAUGACGCUGAAGUGGACCCCAAAUCAGCUGAUGAACGGCUCUGUGGGCGACCUGGACUAUGAGAGAAGUGUUUACUGGGACUAUGCCAUGACCAUUCGCCUGGAAGAGAUUGUCUACCUUCACUGCCAUCAGCAGGUAGACAGUGGGGGGACCGUUGUCCUGGUGAGCCAAGAUGGCAUCCAGCGCCCUCCCCUGAGGUUCCCGAAGGGGGGGCAUCUCCUCCAGUUCCUCUCCUGCCUAGAAAAUGGCCUGCUGCCCCACGGCCAGCUGGAUCCACCUCUCUGGUCGCAGAGGGGGAAGGGGAAAGUGUUUCCAAGACUGAAAAAACGCAACCUCCAGGGCCCCUCUGAGUCUUCAGAGAGAGAAGAGGAGGAGGCAACAGAUUACGUGUUCCGGAUCCUCUAUCCAGGCAUGCCGUCCGACUUCGCUGCCCAGGAUCUGAUGGACACCCCGGGGAAUGCCCUGCCUUCCAUGUGGCAGCCAAGCACCCGCAAGUCCUCCUGCUCCUCUUGCACCCAGGGUGGGUCCAUGGAGAGCGGCCUGUCCAAUGGCUGCAACCACGAAAGAGCCCCACUGAAGCUGCUGUGUGACAACAUGAAGUACCAAAUCGUCUCUCGAGCAUUUUAUGGCUGGCUCGCCUACUGCCGACACCUUUCUACCGUCCGGACACACCUCUCGGCGCUGGUGAACCAUGACAUCGUGUCUCCCGACGUGCCCUGCAAUGCCAGCUUGGGGCUGACAGCGGAGAUCUGGGAGAAAUUUCUCCAGGACAGCACGAGCUACGAGGAGAAGGAACUUCUACGGUUGGUCUACUUCGGAGGAGUCCAGCAUGAGAUUCGGAGAUCCGUCUGGCCUUUCCUCCUGGGCCACUAUCGGUUUGGGAUGCCGGAAGCAGAGAGGAAAGAGGUGGACCUCCAGACUCGGGCCUACUAUGAGCAAACCAUGGCUGAAUGGCUGGGCUGCGAGGCCAUCGUCCGGCAGCGGGAGAAGGAGUCGCACGCAGCAGCCCUGGCCAAGUGCUCCUCGGGGGCCAGCCUGGACUCUCACGGGGAGUCCCCGAGGCACCGCAGUUCCACCAUCAGCAACGGGUCCUCUCAGAGCUUCAGUUCUGGCCCGCAGAACCUCAGCCGGCUGCAGAGUGACUCCAGCAGCAGCACCCAGGUAUUCGAAUCUGUGGACGAGUCGGAGCACACGGAAGCAGAUGUCAAGCUGGAUGCCGGCCAACGAGUGACCCUUUCCAACGGAGGGGUCCCUGAGGCUGGGUCCUCCUCCCCCGACUCCGGCCAUCCUUCCUCCCAGAAUUUCUCAGUCACCUCGGCCUAUUCGGAGCGGAGCUUCAGUGCCGAGGAUGGCGGGCUGGAGGGGGCGAAAGGGGGGGCAGCCCAGACAAGUGGGGAAGGUGGCCCCCCUGCCGUGGAGAGCACCCUCCUGGAGGGCAAGGGGGCAGGGGAGGGCCUGCAGGGCCGUCUCGAGGGGGACUUCUCUGCUUCCCGGAACUUGGACGCAUUCAUCCGGAUGGGUGAGGCACUGCCGGGGAAGGAGGGGGGCUCCCUCCCCAUGGCUGACCGCUGGGUCAACCACAGCGCAGAGCAGCCAAGCUCAAUGGGCAGCGAAGACGACCUCUCAGAAGAGCCUGAGAUGGAAAGCCUCUACCCGCCACUGGAUUCCCACUCGCUGGCCAUCACCGACCUCACCUUGAGCGAAGUUUCCCCCGUCUCCUCGUCUGGGGUUACUUACUCUCCAGAGCUGCUGGACCUGUACACCGUCAACCUGCACCGUAUCGAGAAGGACGUGCAGAGGUGCGACCGGAACUACUGGUACUUCUCCCAGGCCAACCUGGAGAAGCUGCGGAACGUGAUGUGCAGUUACAUCUGGCACCAUAUCGAUGUGGGCUAUGUCCAGGGGAUGUGCGACUUGCUGGCUCCGCUGCUUGUCAUCCUGGAUGAGGAGGCCUUGGCCUUCAGCUGCUUCACGGAGCUCAUGAAGAGGAUGAGUCAGAAUUUCCCCCACGGAGGAGCCAUGGACACCCACUUCGCCAACAUGCGGUCCCUCAUCCAGAUUUUGGACUCGGAGCUCUUUGAGCUGAUGCACCAAAACGGGGAUUACACCCACUUCUACUUCUGCUAUCGCUGGUUCCUCUUGGACUUCAAGCGAGAGCUGGCAUACGAGGACGUCUUCGCGGUCUGGGAGACGAUCUGGGCCGCAGCGCAGGUCUCCUCCUCCUGCUACGUCCUCUUCGUUGCGCUCGCCUUGGUGGAGGUGUAUCGGGACAUCAUCCUGGAGAACAACAUGGACUUCACGGACAUCAUCAAGUUCUUCAACGAAAUGGCUGAGCGGCACCACACCAAGCAGAUCCUGCAGCUGGCACGGGAACUCGUGUCCAAAGUCCAGACGCUCAUUGAGAACAAGUGAUUCGGGAGGCCCUGCCCUGCCCUGCCCUGUCCUCCGAGGAGGAAGACCACCUUCACUCACUGGCACAUGGAGGCUGAAGGGGGGGCCGCGGGGAUAGGAUGCCCUGGGUCCUGGAAGAGUCUUCCUCAGGGUCCCCCUGCCCUCCGGAAAGGCAGCAGACCGCCUGGCCUCACCCAUCUGCCUGGGAGCCAAUCCUGGCACUUAACCAAAGAACUUGGCCCUUCUGUCCCUCCGUGGCCAGGUGGGGAGGGCUUUGACCUGGUGCAAACCUUCUUUCGGAGGAGGGGACGGGGGCUUUGGAAUGGUGACAGGAACUGACUGGUCCUUGUCUUCCUCCCCUUUCAGAUCUCCCUACUGCGCGCGUGGGUUGGGGCCACUUUUUGCCAAGCAAAGGACUUCCCCCCCCGCCGAUCCUGCCCCACCCCAGCGGAGAAUGCCCGGUUGACUGCGGGCUCUUGCAGCGCUCGGGGGAGACCUUGGGCCAAGGCAGCCCUUUGGGGCGGGGGGACUUCUCCGCCUUUGGGACUGGGCCGCUGUCUGGGGCUGUCUCGGCCUGAGAGCUUCUCUCAGAGUCUGCUGCUUCCCUGCACCUUUUAGGGGGGGCGUGUGCCAAACUCCUGCUACCGUACGGACCAAUGGGCUUGCUCUGCUUGUGGACUUGGCUCCUCCGGUGCUGCUCUGGCAGAUUCCCGGGCCUUUUCCUUCCGCAGGAAGGCUGCUUGGGGACUGGGGGCCUCUCGGGGUCUCCUGCUCUUAGCCGAGACCUUCUGCCCUGGUCCCCUCCCCGUCUUUCUGAGGAAGAGCGCGCGAGAACCAUUUCUCCAGCCAGAGGAACUUCAUCUUCUCUGUCUGUGGUGGCCGUGGGGCCGCGUCCAUCAGAAUCCGCCCCAAUUCCGCUUCAACGUCACUUUCUGAGCAGAGUCCAGCCUCUCUGUUGCCCUUUGAAGCCCUUGCUUAUUCCAUGGUGGGGAGAGCAGCCCCCUGGGUCCUGCCGGAGCCCUGCCUCGGCCUUGUCUUCCUGGCCGGCUCCAGAGUCGCCAGUUGGCUUCCUUUCGGUGGGGGGAGGGAUGAAUCGUGGAUGGCUUGUUUUUGUUUUAAACUCAGGUGUUUUUAAAGGGAGGCGUGAGAAGCUUUUGCUUUUGGGUUUUUUUUAAUUUUUAAUUUUUAUUAAUUUAAUUUGUCCCUGCCCAUCUCCUCCCAUUGGGGGACUCUGGGCUGUUUACAAUAAAAUAAUAAAACAACGAACAUACAGUAUAAAUAUGACAUAUAAAUAUAUCAUUACUCUUAAUAAAUAAAUAUAAAAAUAAGAGUGAAAAUAAGAAUGAAGUCCAAGUGGCAGAAGAAUCCGAUACAGCCCGUAUGUGGGAGGAGCGGUCUAAGAUACCAGCUAUCCCUGUGUGGAACUACUCCCCUCUCCGCCCCAAGCGAGGCGGCUGGAUCAGAAUCUGCCAGAAAAAGCAUCCAUUUGGGUUAAGCAAGGACCUUCAUUUUUGCUGUGAAAAGGCUUCCUGCAAGCCAGAAAAUGCUCAGCCAUAGCUAUUCCCCGACUCCCUCCCUCCCUUCCUUCCGAAGGACCACUCCCUUAACAGUGCUGCAGUUCUGCGUUGGCUUCUUAUCUCCCCACUCCAUUUUGGGGAGGGACAAAUAACGAAAAAAGGAACUCUCAAGAGCUGCUCCCCGUCUCUCUUGGCUUGUGUGUGUGUUUGUGUGCUUCUGGGUGCGUGUUUGGCAUUGUCUGUCAAACCUAGGCAGAACAUUCUGGCGUUGGCGACGUCCUGGCAAAAUGUUUGCUGGACUUCGAAGGGAGUGAGGGUAGGUCCACCUCUCGUUGCCAUUUCUGGAACUGCUGCAAACAUUUAACUGGCUUCCUUCUGCCAAUCCCAGGGAAUUUUAGUUCAGAGAAUGGAAGUGGCUCUUCCUGAUGACCUCCAAACUGAAUAGCCCAGGGAGGAAAUUACUCAUUAAGUUGCAGAAAUGUUCUCCCAGGUAAACGUCUUUGGGCUAAUGAUGGGGGCAGGAGGCAGCGUCUCUUGCCAAAUUAGCCUCCGUUUGGACUUCCAUAAACUUCCUCAGUAAAACACUUGAUGUUUCUUGUGGUCCUUAGAGCAGCGAGACCAUCUCAGUAGGAGGUGGAGGCGCAGCCUGGGCGAAAACACAAGAAAAUCCUGUCCAGGCUACACGGUCCAUUCUGGGUGACCUUUUGCCCUUUGAUUCUCCCCACCCCACUUGUACAGAAAAGGGAGCAUUUAGAAACCAAGAUUCCCAGAUCUGAAACCAGUUCAUCUUUUAAAAAACUUUCCCUGUGCCUUUUUUCUGGGAUAUGGGUGGGCAAACAGAUUUUAAAUAAUCAUUUGGAGACCCAAAAGAUACACGUGUGAAUGUGCAUGUGUGUAAAUGUGCAUUUUAAUUGUGCUGGGCUUGGGAUAUUGCUGUAGUGAUCCUUCUUUCUUAAAAGCACAAUCCUGAGUGAGCAAUCUGUUCCUGAAAGGUAAAUCUUGUCGCUCUCGAACAAGAGAAUUCAGCCGGGAGUGAGGUCCCUUUCGUAAAUGAGGCUGCUUGAGGAUGGUGCCCUCUGGCCAAUGGGGAUGAGGUUUUUUUAGGCUGGACGUGAUGCCAAAGUAGAGGCCAGCUGUGAAUCUUGGGUGCCUGCCCCCCUCAGUCGGUAAGGCGGCAGGUGAGCUGUUUAUAAAGGGCCCUCAGCACGGUUCCUGGUGUGGGAUUAGCACCGGGUUAUUUCCCAUGCUUCACUUGUGGGUGCCUGGGUGUGUUCACAGAAUGAGGUCAGUUGAGAAGCUCCUGGCCUUUGGAAUGACUCUUUUAUAGAACUACAGUCUCUCCCUAAUGGUUUCUUUCGUUUCAAAAGCCAGCUGAGGAGACGUGCCUGGUCCUCGCUGCCCACAUGGCCAGAGAGUGUACUGCGGCCCUUUGAGAGUGGGACCCGUGUGUGCGUGCAUUUAAGGGACACAGUUAUACAUGCAAGGGAGACCUUACUUGUAUGUGUUCAUUAAUUCUGCAUCCUGAAGUCUGUGUGCAUGGAGCCUUACGCAAACAGGCGUAUUUUUUGUCACUGUUUCAAAAUGUAUAUUGUAAACAUUUUAGCAGGAAAUUGUCUUGUAUAUAGCUUUAUAUUAAACAGAUGACUAGCUCAUGCCUAUAUACGUGUGUGCCUGUGUCAGCAGGGUGUACACGCCUAGGCAUACACACACGCAUAGAUGCAUGCAUAAAAAAGAUGCCUCUGAUUAAGCAGGGCACUGUGAGAGCUUUGCCUCUAAGACCUUUGGGUGAUCUUGGGGACAUCCCUCCCUCAUGUGUGUGUUGGGGGGGUGAGCGAAAUUGGUAUUUUCCUGGCUUGCUUCAGGGUCUGCAGAAGAAAGUGAUUUGAGGAAAGCUUCCCCAGCUUAUAACAUUACUGUUUGUUUUUAUACGAGGUGAUACACUACUCCCCGCAAAAUAUCCUGGAACAAUUUACAAGUUGUGCAGCAUCAGUGUCACCGGGAGGUGGUUUCCAUGUUCUGAGCAGCCUUUUGCCCCACGAUAAAUAACCACCUGUCAGGUCAGCCUGGCUGUUCAGGAGAGGGAGGCAGCCACUCCCUUUCCUUUGCUGGCCUGAAAGGGGCACAGAUUUAUUUAAUGUGCUCUUGUAUUUUUACUCCCGGGGAGAAGCGUGUGCUGGCUUCUUGUACCUCGGGCAUCCAAAUAAUUAGGCCUUGGGGGCUGCAUGCUUGACUUGCAGGGCAGGGAGAGGUGCUGCUCUCUCUCGGAUAGGGAUUGCCUUGGCUCAGCCUUGUGAUCCCUGACCCCUUUUUCUACAUUUGCCUUAAAAUAAAACUAAUCCAAUUUACAACCUGUAGGGUUGAUGGGCAGGACUGGAAAUUCCUAGGGGAAAAAAGCAGGGAGGCAAGACAGUGGUGGGCACCCGCACCUUUUUAACAGCGAGGCCGGUAAGUCUUGAGCAAGCAAUUUCAGUUUCAUCCUUGCUUGCUGUUGUAUCCUUGUAUUGAGCACACUUUUGGGUGAUGUGGAUUAGCCAGUUGGAGCAUCUGAAAACUGCUCUUUCAGCAACAUGGAUUUCUUGUGACUGUGGACCUGGGUGUGCAAAAACAACUUCCCACUAUGGGGGUUUAGAGAUCCAAGGUUUAAAGCGGACAAGGCUCGGAUCCUGGAUUUUCACCUCACAGAGAACUGCAUUAGCACACACACAGAUCUCCCCUGUAUUGGACCUGCCCCACUUCUUUCCGCGUGGGCAGAAAAGGCCACCCUGCGUAAUUGCUGUGUGUCCUUGGGAGGAAUGGGGGUGAGGAGCCUGUUUGCAUUCUGGAUCUUGCCCUGCUGACUAGCAUUGACUUCUUUGGCAGGGGGUUUCUAAAGAUUAAAUCAGGGGUUAUGUCCUGAAAUUGUGGGGCAGGGGGCUCAAUUGCAGCUGGACCCCCCCAUUCUGGAAGUUGAUAUGCAGGUUGGGGGGGCUUUUGACUUCUCCAGCACCCAGAGCACCCAGCAAUGCCAGGAAAUUUUCUGGAAGCAAGAGGAAGAGCUGUGAAUGUGUAGUGACUGCUGCCCAACACAAAGUGGCUGCUACUUGUGUGUGUAUGGUGUGCGUGUGGGCUUAUUUCAUCUAGAAGUGCCUCCUGGCAUCAUAGCUUUUAUGGUUCAUGUUUGUCGGUUUAAAAAAAAUGCUGCUGAAGAUUUUUUUAAAAACUUGUUUAAAUUUUGCCCUUGUUCCUUGGUUGUCCUUAACUGAAUCAUGCUUUGAAAUUUUGUUAAUGCUGACUGUGAUUUGUGUCUGUGGGGCCAGAAAGAAAAAAAAAAGGGGAAAGUUAUAUAUUCUUUAUGGUUCUAUGUAUUUUCAAAUCAAUAGUAAAAAACAAAAAGCAAAGAA